AGGGGAUGUGAAUGAUGGAAGAUUUAAGUGGUUCGUGGUCUGUGUUCAACCGACUACUCCCCAUCAAUGCAUCUGCGUCGUGGCUCAUCCGUGAUACUUCAGGAGUCAAUGAUUCAGAAGUCCCGUACUUGCCAGCGUCGUGUUGUGUCGUGUCGGAAGUGACGUGGUACGCGUUCGCGUUGGUGACCUUCAGUGUCAUUGUCCUCUUGGUCUUCUCCAUCCACUACCUGAGACGAUGGAGUUCGGACCCGAAGCGGAUGCGGAAGCGUCAUGCUUCCAUUCUUCGAUACGGAAUGGACAGUAUCAUUGGUAGAGACAGCCCACCUGUGGAAGGGUCGAGACCCUCUGCCUUGGACACACGUUACAAAUACUGGGAUCACCGGAUGUGA